CUUCCUUCCCCCUUUUUUUUUUUAACUCUCUUAUUGCCCAGGAUAUCAGAGGGGCUGGGCUUGCGGCCACCGCUCCCUGUGGCCCUUGCACCCCAGGGAGGGACACCCAGCCCCCUGCCCCUCUGUGCUGUGUUUUGGGGAGAGAAGAGGGAUUUUUUUUCAAGGCAGGGUGGGGGGCAGAGAGUGGGGCACCUCCAGGUUUUGUCGCCAGCACCUCCCGAGCCGGAGACCACAGCAGGAUGGAAAAACCACCCGGGAAAAUAAAAUGAAGCAGGAUGAGCUGCCAGGGAAAAAAAAAAAUGUAGGAGGGAUCCGCGGUGUGCGCCUGAAAUCGCCCUUUUAUUCCUGACAUCAGGGGGGUCUCAAGAGGCUGGCCAUGGAGCCCUACGUGCUGCUGGACCCGCGACAGCGAGCGCUGUAUCGCGACGUGAUGCAGGAGAGCUACGAGACGCUGAUGGCGCUGGAAUUCCCCGUUUCUAAGCCCGACCUGCUGUCCCGCCUGGCCCACGAGGAUGAACCAACAGCCCUGGAUCUCCACGUCCCCAAGGACGCCCCGUCUGGAGAGGACGGAGCACGAGCGGAGCAGGAACCCCCCCGAGAAGAAACUGCCGAGAAAGAGCCCGAAGCCUCAAAACCCACGGGUGAGGAGCAUCCCUCGAGCCCCGCCGAGGUGAAGGCGGGCAGGAGCGGGGAAGCCCCGCCGCAGCGAGCCCCCCAGCCCGGCACCACGUGCGGCGAGUGCGGCAAGAGCUUCAGCCACAAAUCGGCCCUGGUGAAACACCAAAAAAUCCACAGCGGCGACCGGCCCCACGAGUGCCCCGACUGCGGCAAGGGCUUCAUCCAACGCUCCGACCUCACCAUCCACCAGUGGGUCCACACGGGCGAGCGGCCCUACGCCUGCCCCGAUUGCGGCCGCCGCUUCAGCGUCAGCUCCUCGCUCCUCACCCACCAGUGCACCCACGCUCCCGGCGGCCAAAAACCCAACCGCUGCCCCCAGUGCGGCCGCAGCUUCGCCGACCCGGGGGCUCUCGACCGGCACCAGAAGAGCCACUUGGGGGGGAAACCCUACGAGUGCGGGGUGUGCGGCAAAGCCUUCGCCUGGAGCUCCCACCUCGAGCGCCACCGGCGCAUCCACACGGGGGAAAAGCCCUUCCAGUGCGCCCAGUGCGGGCGAGCCUUCGCUUGGAGCUCCCACCUCGACCGCCACAUGCGCACCCAUGCCGCCGCCGCCUCCGAGGAGGAGGAGGAGGAGGGUGAGGAAGAGGAGGAUGAAGAACCCCCACCGCCGCCCCCCCAGAAAUGCGCCGACUGCGGCAAGCGCCUCAACCACCAGACGGACCCGCAGCGCUUCAAGCACAAGGGCACCCAGACGCCGCCGCUUGGGGACGACCCCCUCAGCAGCCCCCCGCGGCCCUACCGCUGCGAGCAGUGCGGCAAAAGCUUCGGCCACAGCUCCAACCUCCUCAAACACCAGCGCGUCCACACGGGCGAGCGACCCUACCCCUGCCCCGAUUGCCAACGCUGCUUCCGUUGGGGCUCGGCUUUGGCCAACAACCGGCGCACCCACGCCCGGCAGCAACCGGUUGCCAAAAGAUGCGCCGAGGAAAGCGGCGCCGGGGGAAAACCCUACCCGUGCGGGGCUUGCGGGAAGAGUUUCGGCUGGGUCUCGCACCUGGAGCGCCACCGGCGCAUCCACACGGGGGAGAAACCUUUCCGCUGCGGGGAAUGCGGGCGAGCUUUCGCCGUCAGCUCCCACCUGGAGCGGCACCGGCGGGUGCACACGGGCGAGCGGCCCUACCGCUGCGGCGACUGCGGCAAGAGCUUCGCCGUCAGCUCCACUUUGCUUGCCCACCGCCGCACCCACGUCGCCCAAGCGGGCCGGCCCCACGCUUGUCCCGAGUGUGGCAAAGGGUUCAGCACCCCGCUGAGCUUGGAGAGGCACCGGCGGCUCCACGCGGCGAAAAAACCCUACCAGUGCGGCGUCUGCGGCAAGGGUUUCGCCUGGAGCUCCCACUUCGACCGGCACCGGCUCACCCACACGGGCGAGAAGCCUUUUUCCUGCGCCCACUGCGGCAAACGCUUCGGCCGCAGCUCGCACCGCAACCGGCACCAGCGGGCUCACGGCGUGGGGGGGGGGCCCGAAAAGCGCCACGGUUGCCCCCAGUGCGGCAAAACCUUCGGCCUCGCCGCCGCCCUGGCGGCUCACCAACGACUGCACGUCGCCGCCGGCAGCGGGCUCUCCUUGCUGCCGCCCUCCUGGUGGGAUGGAGAGAAGCCGGGGGGCACGCCGACACCCCCCGAGCUCUGGGCGGAGGAGACCGGCUCCGUUUUCCAGCAGCACCCAGUGCCUUCCUCCUCCUCAUCCUCCUCGUCCUCCUCUUCCUCCUCCACGGCACCUAAAGGCUGGGCUGCCAAAGCUCUCGUGCCCCCCAGCGUGGCGUGGAGACCUGGGGAGGGGGACGCCCUGCAAAGCGAUGCAGCGGCCCCCCAAGAGCCUUGGGCGUCCCUGCCGCCCCCCAGCUCCUGAGAUGGGGGCAGAAUUUGGGGUUGGGGGUGGGGGACAGAGCCACCCCCUGCUUUUUGGGAUGCUCCAGAGCUGGGGUGGGGUCCCCCAUCCUCUGGAAGGGGGUGUAAAGGGGAUGUUUGGGAGCUGGGGG